UGGUCAUGUGACCGGCAGUGCCGACGAUGUUUCGCUUUGCAGGCAGUAGCACAAUAAAUGUAUUUUAUUACAAUUUAAAGAUUAUCCAGAGCUACGACAGUCCAGUCACUGAAACUACAAGUGCUUAUGGGUUUGUAAAUCAAACAUUUGAUCUACAAAUGUGACUCGGUUUAACUCUUAUAGCGAUAGUGAUAAACGGCUACUCGCAGGCCUCUGUAGUUCCAGCCGACAUGCGCAACAGUGGGCCAAGGACCCCGGUUGUGUUGAUUGGAAGAAGGGAGUGCAACAUCAUGGAAGUAGUUCUCUCUGCCUCCCAGGGUUCGGUUCGUACAGAAUAGCAAUAUAAUUCUGGAUUUCCACCAUGUCGAACCGAAGAGCUAUGAACUAGUUUACUUGUGGUGUGUCAACAACAACACUAACGACUCGGACUGACAGCAUGAACGGCCCUCAGCAGAAUGACGCAAAGAGACAACACCUGCUAGAGAGGCUGCUGGACGCUGUCAAACAGUGCCAAAUCCGCUUUGGAGGAAGAAAGGAGAUCGCCUCAGAUUUAGACAGCAGGGUGAUCUGUUUGUGUGCCCAGUUUGAGGCUGUCCUCCAGCAUGGCCUGAGGAAGAGUAAAGGACUGGCUCUCACUGCUGCUGCCAUCAAGCAGGCCGCAGGAUUCACCACCAAGACUGAAGCAGAGCUGACGUUCUGGCUCUAUGUGAAGGAGCAUCUGAACCGCCAUGAGCUGCAGCGGUUCUACUCCCUGAGACACAUCUCCUCUGAGCUGGGCCGUGGCCGCGCCUGGCUCCGCUGUGCCCUCAACGAACACUCACUAGAACGCUACCUACACAUGCUGCUCGCAGACGGCAUACGCCUCGGUACUUUCUAUGAAGACUGGGCGUUUAUUCUGGAUGAGGAGCGAGCCAGCAUGCUGCCCACCAUGGCUGCAGGACUAAACUCCAUCCUGUUUGCCAUCAACAUCGACAACACAGACCUGAACGGUGUGCCCCGGGCGGGCGGCUCCUCCUCCUCCGUGAGCCACCUCCUGAAGGAGUCCACCCAGGGCAUAGGGAGCCUAUGGAAGGAGUCCACCCAGGGGGUGAGCACUCUGCUCAGGGAGAUCAGCACCGUCACCGCUGUGGUGCCAGGCUUCACCCCUACCCACUGCCCCGACGGAUCAUCAGACCCACUGCCUGUCCUGCCACGCAGCGCCUCCGCAGACUCUGGCCUGAGGAAGGAGCGACGGAGGAAAAAGAAAAUCACCAACAUCAUCUCCUUCGACGACCUGGAUGGGGGAGCGGAGGACGAGGAAGAGGUGGGGGGGGGGACUGUCACCCUCAGGAAGAGCACCACUGCUCCUCAGGUCAGUCUGGAGGAGGGUAUUUACCCACUGGAGUCCUCCUUCUCCCUCUCGCCUCUCCAGAAUGGGCUGCCCGAUCCUGGGAUAGUCAGCUGGGCCGGGUCUCCUCCUUUCUCCAGAGCUCUGCCUGACACCAAGAUUAUUGAUAAUGAUGAUGAGGAGGAGGAAGAGGUAUACAAGAGUAGGCCACAGCCACAAAGCCCCUUUCAUAACACGGCCAACGCUGACCAAGUGUCAACGUGGGGCGCCCUGCAGGCCAUAACUGAUAAUGACAGUUCAGACAUCCUCAUUCCUGUGGCCUCCAGCCACUCCUACGCUCAGCCAGAUUCCACAGGUCCAGUCAGCGACUACGAGACGACCAGAUCCCAGCUACAGUUCAACUUGGAGCCCAGCCCGCCGGUCCAGAAUGCACCUCUCUCCAGUGUACUGUCCAGUGCCACCCCUGGUCUACCAGAGUCAAUGACAGUGGUGGAGCUCCGCCAGGCCAUAGUGGCCAUGAUGAACAGGAAGGAUGAGCUAGAUGAACUGAACAUGUCCCUGCGCAGCCUGCUGGAUGGGGAGAUGGAGCACUCUGCUGGGCUGAGACAGGAGACAGACGCCUUGAGGAGACGCCUGGAUGAGCUGGAGGAGAGACACACAGCCAAGGUCCAGGCUCUGGGCAGGGAGAACGAGGUCCUCAAGGUCCAGCUGAAGAAAUACGUGGGAGCUGUCCAGAUGCUGAAGAGAGAGGGGAGCCAAGGAAACGACACUGUUCUCCCCAUGGUGAGGAACUGUGAUGAUCCCACUCCAGCCCCUCAGAGCAGGUCUAUGGAUGAUGUUGAGGAGCUGGCUGCCAGCUAUGAACGCAAACUCAUAGAGGUGGCUGAAAUGCAUGGCGAGCUGAUAGAGUUCAAUGAGCGUCUGUACCGUUCUCUGAUGGCCAAGGACCACCUCAUCAACCAAAUGAAACAGGAACUCAUUGAUCUCAGAGGACCUGUUCCUGGUGACCUGAGCCAGACUUCUGACGACCCCAGCCUAUCAGAUUUUGAGACGGCUCACCGUGCUCUCAUCAAUGUCUGGAUUCCCUCUGUGUUUCUGCAAGGACGCGCUUCUAACGCCUACCAUGUAUACCAGGUGUACAUCCGUAUCCUAGACAACGAGUGGAAUGUCUACAGACGCUACACGGAAUUCCGGACGCUCCACAACCACUUACGCUCACAAUUCCCGCAAGUCGGCACCUUCAACUUCCCACCCAAGAAAGCCAUAGGGAACAAGGAUGCCAAGUUUGUAGAGGAGCGUAGGAAACAGCUCCAGUCGUACCUGAGGAUGGUGUUGAACAAGCUGAUCCAGACCCUGCCAGAGUUCUCUGCUAAACCCACCAAGGAGACCCUGCUGCAGCUGCUGCCCUUCUGCCAGGACACACCAGUGGCCAGCGAGGGGAGCAGUAAGACAGCCCGGUCCAAAGCCUCGUCACGCUUCCCCAGACUGGGUUGCAACCGCAACCAGGAGGGCCGCAACCCAGAGCCCCAGAGCGGCGACCUCUAACCUCUACCCUCUACACUCUGACUUUUGACCUUUUCUUUGAUUUGCUGAUACUGAGGGGUACUUCCUGCUCCUGGACUAACUCAGAGCCUGAGACAGAGACGGACAAUGGAGGUUAUGGAAGGGAGAGGCAACAGCAGGGCUUUUUAUCCUCUAUUUCUGAGAACCCCAGAGGCUAACUAUGCCUGCUCUCCUGAACGGAGGAUUCACUCAAAGACCACACAUGGACUAACUGGGCCUCGGACAAACAUUAAAACAAGAUGGGAGGACUGUUUCCUGAUUUUACUCAGUUUUGUAGUGAAACUGUAUCAUGGUCAUGGUACCUACAGUGUUUUCUAGCUUUUUUUGCAUUGAGGUGUGGGGACAGAGAAAAGUGUUCUUCAAACAAAACUAACAGGUGUUUUCUUGGUCAAUGUCAGAAUUUGGAUGCUAUUUUUUUAUUUUGACAUCAUCCUUUUACCUAACCUUUUACCUAACAUUAACAAUGAGCAUUCAUCUUUUAUAUUUAUUUUGCCAAUCUGUUACCAUACGAUAAUGUGCACAAUUGCAUAUUCCCUCACACAAUUUUAGGACUUUUAAUACAAAUAUUACUGCUGGACUGAUUAUCCAGACGUCCCAAUGAUUGUGGACUGAAUGUGACUUAGCAGGAGACUUAACAGUAAAUAGAUCAUAGAUGAAUGUCUUACAGUUGGGUAACACUUGAAGAGAAGCCGCUUGAUCAAGUGCAUGAAAAGUCAUUUACAGAUGCAGUUUGUACACUGCUUUAACUUGUAUGAAAUAGAAAUCCUAAAUACAUACAUAUUACUCAAGUAUAGAGAUUACUUCGGGGGAGAAAAUAAGAGAUUGCAUGUGGUGGAAGUUGUUCUUGUGACCGCCCCCCAGUCAGCUGUCCAAUCAGAACUGUUAAAAUGAGAUUUAAACAGGAAGAUGCAGAUGAUAACGCACUGGGGAAGACUGUAAAUCAGUAUGCACACAUCAAUAAUAGGAGCAAAUGAUGAAAUGAUUACCAAUCUUAUUUUGAAGCACAAAUAUAAAAUAUGAAUGAUAAACAACAAAUGUAUUUUUUGUUCAUUCACCCAGACAAACAGCACUGCUGUUACAUAUUGUUUGUUAAACUUGAAAUGGAGAAACAGGACCCUGGUUCUAUUCAUAACAAAGCACUUCUAUUGAUCUAGCUGUUCUUUCUACUCAGACAUUAAGUGAUGUUGUCGUAGCCACUUCUACAGGACCGCUACUAAGGUUCAUUUACUGUUUGUGUCUCAUGGCUAGGACCAGGAGUUUUUCCCCAGAUCAUGUGACCUGACCAGGAGAAACUCUGGACCCUAGUUGUAGGCUGUAACUAGAGCCUAGAGUGUUUCCUGGUCAUUUCACGACUAGAGCCCAAAGUGUUGCCCUAUCAGGUCACAUGGUCAGGAGAAAGAAAAACUCCUGGCCCUCCACAACACUCCUGUCUUUGGAGGGCUUCUCUUGUACCUUCUGUCCUACCUUUUAGCCUAACAGUCUGCCUUAAAAGACAGUGGCACAGAGAGACUAAUGAAUAAAGGGGUUCAUACUGUACACACAUAC